AUGGCAGAUGAUUAUCAAAUGCAGCAAAUAAAUGGCGAUCAAAUUGGUACUAUUCAAAAACCGCUUCUAGAGCUUUAUGUUAAGGCCUCUGGAAUUGAAAAUCGUCGCAUUGGUGCAUGUUUGUUUUGUCAAGAAUUCUGGAUGGAACUUUACGCUCUCUAUGAAAUUGGAGUUGUUCGAGUUGAAGUGAAAACAGUAAACAUCAAUUCUGAAGCAUUCAAAAAGAGUUUUCUUGGAGCACAACCACCGAUUAUGGUGGAAAACAAGAAUGCAACUUAUACUGACAAUCGUGAAAUUGAAGGACGCAUUUUCCAUUUAGCAAAAGAGUUCAAUGUGCCACUAUUUGAGAAAGAUCCAGUGGUAGAGAAACGAAUCGAAAGUUUGUACAGAAACUUCAAAAUCUUUUUACGAUCUAAAAGUGAGCACGACAGGGAACAGAAAGCAUCAUCACCAACACCAGUGGACUCGCUUCCGCCGCAACAAAAAGCAUCAUAUAACAAACUUGUUGAACAACUAGCAAACAUUGACCAACUUCUAAGUGAACGGAACUCACGAUAUCUUUUGGGACAAAGUAUGACUGAAUAUGAUUGCGAACUGAUGCCGCGUCUUCACCAUAUUCGAAUUGUCGGACAGCGUUUGCUUGGCUUUGACAUUCCGCUGAACCUAACCUACCUCUGGAAUUAUGUGUUGAAUGCAUAUCGUACCGCUGCUUUUAUCGAAAGUUGUCCAGCAGACCAAGAUAUUCUUCAUCACUAUAAGGAACAGCUUAGUCUAGUAACAAAUCAGCGCGAAUCUUUACAAGUCCCGACCAAAACUCAUACAAUUCCUGAAACUGUCUUGCAAGAUAUUCGUCGACUCAAGUUGGAUGAAAACUGA